AGUCUUCUCUUCUCCAGGCGGAACAACCCCAACUCUCUCAGUCUGUCUUUGUAUGGAGGUGCUCCAGCCCUCUGAUCGUCCUUGUAGCCUCGUCUCGACCCAUCCCAACAGCUCCAUCUCCGUCUUAUGUCGAGGAUUUCAGCCCUGGACGCAGAGCUCCACGUGGGGUGCCACGCGAGGGGCGCAGAGGUUCCCCCUCCCCUGCGGGCGCCGCUCGCCCCCAGCGCAGGGAGCGCCCCGCCCGGCAGCGCCCGCUGGCGGCGGCGGGAGGAACUGCCGGCGCUGCCCCGUGUCCCGCAGCCCCCGGGCGGAGCAUGGAGCAGCGCGGGGCCCGCGAGCGGGAUUCCGGAGAGAGUGUUUCUGAGCCGAGGGAGUGGAGACCCGUCGCUCACAGACGGUGCACGGACACCCUCUGGCUGCUCCUCUUCUUUCUGUUCUGGGCCGGUUUGAUGUUUAUAACUGGCUAUGCUGUGAUGGCUGGUGCUGCAGAGAGACUUGUGCUUGGAUAUGACAGCUUCGGGAACAUAUGUGGUAGGAAGAACACUCCUGUAAAUGGAGCACCCCUUUCUGGACAGGACAUGACUAAUAAAAAGUAUGUGUUCUUUCUGAAUUCAUGCAGCCUGGAAAUGCAAAGCUCCAAAAUCAGUUCAGUUUCCUUGUGCGUGUCUAGUUGUCCACAAGAGCAACUCAACUCUUUGGAAGACCUCCAGAGUUUUGCAAGGAAUAAUGGUUCUUAUCUUUGUGUUUACAACCUGAACAUUUCCAGUUACACACUAAAUACAGAGGCAGCUGAGUUGUGUCCCACGCUGCCAGUUCCACCAAGUAAAUCUUUUCCAUUAUUUAAUCGAUGUGUUCCACAAAGCCCAGAAUGCUAUUCCAAGUAUGCAUCUGUCUUAAUAACUAUGGUUAAUGAAAUGGAUGUUUUUCACCGAACUCUGAGUGGAAUAUUGGCAGGAAGAGAUACUGUGAUAGGACUGAGUGUCCUUGCACUAGGCUUCUCUUUUAUAGUGGUUAUAACCUUCAGAUUCAUUCGGACUCUUCUGGUCCAUAUUCUGAUUGCACUGGUUGUAUUCGGGUUGUUAUUUGUCUCAGGUGUUCUCUGGUGGCUCUAUUAUGACUACAGGAAUGAUCCCAGCACUGAAUUGGAAACAGAAAAGAAAAAUGUAAAAUUUUUACUUGGAUAUGCUAUCUUCUCAACAAUAGUUACCGUUGUUCUUCUUUCCCUUAUACUUGUGCUAAGAAAGAGGCUUCAGUUCACAGUACAGCUCUUUCAAAUUGUUGGUAAAAUCAUUGGCAGAAUUCCUUUCCUCCUGUUCCAACCACUCUGGACCUUCCUGAUUCUCAUUGUUUUCUGGUUAUUUUGGGUUGCUGUACUACUUAGCUUAGGAACUGCAGGUACUGCACAGACUACUUCAGGAGGUCAAGUAGAAUACAGAGCUCUGUCUGGAAUUUGCUACAUGGCAUGGUAUCAUUUCGUUGGCCUUAUCUGGACUAGUGAACUCAUUCUUGCCUGUCAGCAAAUGACGAUUGCUGGGGCAGUGGUUACUUGUUACUUCAACAGAAAUAAAAACAGCCCACCAGCUCACCCAAUCCUGUCUUCUAUAUCAGUUCUUUUUUGCUAUCAUCUAGGAACUGCUGUAAAAGGCUCAUUUCUAAUCACAAUACUGAGAAUACCGAGGGUUGUUCUCUCGUACCUUUAUAGUAUCCUAAAACAAAAGGAGAGUGCAUGUGCAAAGUGCCUGUUCAAGUGCUGUUUCUGCUGCUUUUGGUGCCAGGAAAGUUGCUUAAGAUACUUUAACCAGCAUGCAUACACAACUGCAGCCAUAAAUGGGACAAAUUUUUGUACAUCAGCAAAGGAUGCUGUCUUUAUUUUGGCAAAGAAUUCUGCUAAACUGUCAUCCAUUAGUUGUUUUGGAGAUUUUAUACUAUUUCUAGGGAAGGUGUUUGUUGUAUGUUUUACUGUUUUUGGAGGAUUGAUGGCAUUUAACUACCAUCGGGAGUUGCAAGCUUGGGUAGUUCCACUGUUGCUGGUUGGAUUUUUUGCCUAUCUGAUGUCCCACAGCUUUCUGUCGGUGUUUGAAGUGACAGCAGAUGCCAUGUUCCUUUGCUUCGCUAUUGAUAUGGAAACAAAUGAUGGAUCUGCAGAGAAGCCAUACUUUGUGGAUCAGGAGCUGCUGGCCUUUGUGAGUCAGAGUAACAGGUUAACAGAAGGGCAAAAACACAGGAGCAUGAGACAUUUCCAGGACAAUGAAGAUGGGACAGAGCUCCAACCUAUGACUUGAACGUAAAGUGCACCAACACUUCUGGUAAAGACAGACCAGCAACAGCAAAACCGGUCAUAGAAAAGAAGUAAAGGCUAUCAGUACCCAAGGACAAUGUAUUGGUUCUCUAAAUCUCUGUUGUAUCUUCUGCACUGAUAAAAUGACACACAAUCUGUUUGUAUGGAUAAUAUAUUUUGUGUGACAGCACAUCUGAUUUUCAUUAAUAUACUUGUUAUAAUGGCCUGGAAGUUGUUAAUAAACAAAUGCCUUGUAAACUUCU